AUGUCCCCACCAGCUGCUGAGGGUGUCCACUCCCUCUUCGAUACCGAUUUGUAUAAAUUGUCCAUGCAAGCUGCGGUGUUGCACCAUUUCCCGGACGUACACGUGAAAUACAGCUUCACGAAUCGCACGUCGGAGAUGAGGUUGAAUGUGGAAGCUUAUGCGUGGUUGGAGGACCAAGUCAUGAAAUUGGGGGCGUUGAGGGUGAGUGAGGAAGAACUUACGUGGCUGGGGGAGACGCUGCCGUUUUUGUCCAAGGACUAUUUGGAGUGGUUACGUGAGUUUGGGAUGAAGCCGGAGGAACAGGUCCGGUUAUCGUUUGAUGAAGAGACGCGGGAGUUGGGGUGUGAGAUCGAGGGGUUGUGGAGUGAUACGAUAUUGUAUGAGGUUCCGAUUUUGGCACUCGUCUCUGAAGCCUACUUCAAGUUCGUGGAUACGGAUUGGGAUCAUGAUGGGCAGUAUGAACGUGCAUACGAGAAGGGGAGGCGGUUAAUCGAAGCCGGGUGCAAAUUCUCCGAGUUUGGAACGCGGAGGAGGAGGGAUUACGAGACGCACGAGAUCGUCAUGCGAGCCCUCGUCGACGCCGACCGAGAGGGAGCGGCGAAAGGUGGGUUGAGUGGUACGUCCAAUGUCCACCUCGCACGAAAGUUCGGCGUUCUACCGGUGGGGACUGUGGCACACGAGUGGUUCAUGGCCAUCGCCGCGAUCACGGAUGACUACACCCACGCCAACCACCGCGCACUCACCCUCUGGCGCGAAACAUAUGCCAACGAGCUCUCGAUCGCACUCACAGACACAUUCGGCACCGAUGCGUUUUUGGAUGAUUUUGGGAGGGGCUUGAGUGAGGCUUUCAAAGGUGUUCGACAGGAUAGUGGCGAUCCGUGGCAAUUUGUGGAGAGGAUGUGUGGGCAUUAUAGGGGGGUUGGUGUUGAUCCCUCCGAGAAAAUACUCGUGUUUUCGGAUGCGUUGACGGUGGAAAAGGCUGUUUCGCUCAAAGCGCAUGCGGAGAAACACGGUAUCAUCCCCGCGUUCGGAAUCGGUACCUUCCUCACCAACGACUUUAUCGUCGUCAAAUCCUCCGAGAAAGGGGCUGUUGGUGAAGGGGACGUGAGUAAACCGAUGAAUAUCGUGAUCAAGUUGAGUGAGGCGGGGGGGAGGAGGUGUGUUAAGAUUAGUGAUGAUGAGAAGAAGUUUACGGGGGAUCCGGGGAGGGUUAGGGAAGUGCUUGAUGAGUUGGGGUUGGGGGGGAGGAGGGAUUGA